AUGCAGAUUUUCGUCAAGACCCUCACGGGCAAGACUAUCACCCUCGAGGUGGAGUCGUCCGACACCAUCGACAAUGUCAAGUCCAAGAUCCAGGGUGCGCAUUCCUCGUCCGCUGGCGAGGGUAUUCCCCCAGACCAACAGCGCCUGAUCUUCGCUGGUAAGCAGCUUGAGGAUGGCCGCACCCUCUCCGACUACAACAUCCAGAAGGAGAGCACUCUUCACCUCGUCCUCCGCCUUCGUGGUGGUGGUAAGAAGCGCAAGAAGAAGGUCUACACCACCCCCAAGAAGAUCAAGCACAAGCGCAAGAAGAACAAGCUUGCCGUCCUCAAGUACUACAAGGUCGACGGUGACGGCAAGAUUGAGCGCCUGCGUCGCGAGUGCCCCUCGGACACCUACUGCGGUCGCUGCCACCUCACCUACGUCUUCGACGACCCUAAGUAA